AUGCACCUCAUUCUCAGAUGUCCCUACGCAAAAGAAGUCUGGCACUCCUUCAGCUCCACCAACCAGCUUGUCGCUGGAUAUGCUCGUGAGGCCAGCUCCAUUGUGGGAUGGUGGGAGAAAGUGUUCUCCCAUCAUCGUAAGAAGGAAGAAGCUUUCCAGAUUUGCACCACUUCGGUUUACACUGCCUGGAAUCUUUGGAACGAGAGAAAUCGUCAUCUCUUUCAACAUGAGAGCCUGCCUAUUCAACGGCUUUGUAACAUUAUUUAUGAUGAAAUCUGCCUCCUUAAGGAGGCAUGGGAGUAG